AAAUUAAUAAAAAUAAUCCUGCAAUUGAAGCUACAAUAUAUGAAAUAAAUACCGAAAGUAAUAAUUCUAACUUUGAAUGUUGUAUGACCAUUUAUGAAAAUGACCUUGAGUUAAUUGAAGCUACAGAAGAUGUGGUGACUAAUAGUAUAGAACCUGUGUUGGAAAAUGGCUUUGCUUUUACAAUUACUCAUAGUGAGUUAGAUAAAUUAGAUGAAAUUUCUCGACGUCACACUUAUAAGUAUAUGAAGGGCCAACUAUAUGUUUUAAAAAAGAAAGCACAUAACAUUAAAAAAUGUAAUCGAGACCAUCAUAGUG